UCCCCCAUCUGGGCCAUCUCCGUCACCUCCUCCCCACCACCAUAACCACAGCAGAGCAGAGAAGAGGCCGGAGAAAUUCUCUCCACCCUCUGCCGUGCCGCUGAUGCCGACGCCUCCUCCCUCCCCACCAGACUUCUCUGCUCACAACCAAAAUUAACUCAACCACCAUGGCCGCCUCCUUCCUCCUCCUCCUCCUCCUCCUCCUCCUCGCCAAUGGUGCCGCCCUGCUGCAGGCCUUGAACCAGGACGGCCUCCACCUGCUCGACGCCAAGCGCGCGCUCACCGUCCCCGCGCCCGCGCUCGCCGACUGGAACCCGCGCGACGACACGCCCUGCAACUGGACCGGCGUCGCCUGCCACGACCACGACGGCGCCGUCACCGCCGUCUCCCUCCCCAGCCUCAACCUCGCCGGAUCCUUCCCCGCCGCGCUCUGCCGCAUCCCGGGCCUGCGCUCCAUCGACCUCUCCGACAACUACAUCGGACCCGACCUCGACGUCGCCCGCUGCAAGGCCCUCCAGCGCCUCGACCUCUCCGUGAACGCGCUCGUCGGCCCGCUCCCCGACGCCCUCGCCGACCUCCCGGACCUCCUCUACCUCAACCUCCAGAGCAACAACUUCUCCGGCCCCAUCCCGGAACCCUUCGCGCGCUUCACCAAGCUCCAGUCGCUCUCCCUCGUCUACAACCUGCUCGGCGGCAAGGUCCCGCCGUUCCUAGGCCGCGUCGCAACGCUCCGGGAGCUCAACCUCUCCUACAAUCCCUUCGCGCCGGGCCCCGUGCCACCCCAGCUCGGUGACCUCUCCGCGCUGCGGGUGCUCUGGCUCGCCGGCUGCAACCUCGUCGGAACCAUCCCGCCCUCACUCGGCCGCCUCACCAACCUCACCGACCUCGACCUGUCCACCAACGCGCUCACCGGCCCCAUACCGCCGGAGAUUACAGGCCUCACCAGCGCCGUUCAGAUCGAGCUCUACAACAACUCCCUCACCGGACCCAUCCCCACGGGCUUCGGCAAACUCCAGGACCUCAGGGGCAUCGACUUCGCCAUGAACCGCCUCGACGGCGCCAUCCCGGAGGACCUCUUCCACGCGCCCAGGCUCGAGACCCUGCACCUCUACGCCAACGCGCUCACGGGGCCCGUGCCGGAGUCCGUCGCCAAGGCGCCGUCGCUCCUCGAGCUGCGCCUCUUCGCCAACAGCCUCAACGGCACGCUGCCCGCCGACCUCGGCAGGAACACGCCGCUCGUCUGCCUCGACAUCUCCGACAACGCCAUCUCAGGCGAGAUCCCGCCGGGGAUAUGUGACCGCGGCGAGCUGGAGGAGCUGCUCAUGCUCGACAACAGGCUGUCCGGCCGCAUCCCCGACGCGCUCGGCCGCUGCCGGAGGCUGCGCCGGGUGCGCCUCUCCAACAACAGGCUCGCCGGUGACGUGCCCGACGCGGUCUGGGGCCUCCCGCACAUGUCGCUUCUCGAGCUCAACGACAACCACCUCACCGGCCAGAUCUCCCCGGCCAUCGCCGGCGCGGCCAACCUGUCCAAGCUCGUGCUGUCCAACAACCGCCUAACCGGGGCCAUCCCGUCGGAAAUUGGAUCCGUCUCCAAGCUCUACGAGCUCUCGGCCGGCGGCAACAUGCUGUCUGGCCCGCUCCCGUCCUCUCUCGGCGGCCUGGCGGAGCUCGGCCGUCUCGUGCUCCGCAACAACUCGCUCUCCGGCCAGCUGCUUCGGGGCAUCGAGUCAUGGAAGAAGCUCAGUGAGCUCAACCUCGCGGACAACGGCUUCACUGGCUCCAUACCGCCGGAGCUCGGUGACCUGCCCGUGCUCAACUACCUCGACCUCUCCAGCAACGAGCUCAGCGGCGAGGUCCCGGUGCAGUUGGAGAACCUGAAGCUCAACCAAUUCAAUGUGUCCAACAACCAGCUCCACGGCCCGCUGCCGCCGCAGUAUGCCACGGAGGCGUACCGCGGCAGCUUCCUGGGCAACCCUGCGCUGUGUGGGGAAAUUGCCGGUUUGUGUGGCGGCGAUUCCCAAUCAAGGAAGAACUUCCACUCUGGCUUCGCCUGGAUGAUGCGCUCCAUCUUCCUAUUUGCGGCUGCCAUUCUGGUCGCCGGAGUCGCGUGGUUCUACCGGCGGUACCGGACCUUCAGCAGGUCCAAACUGAGAGCCGACCGCUCGAAAUGGACAUUGACAUCCUUCCACAAGCUGUCAUUCAGCGAGUAUGAGAUCCUGGAAUGCCUUGACGAGGACAAUGUCAUCGGCAGCGGGGCAUCCGGAAAGGUGUACAAGGCGGUGCUCAGCAACGGCGAGGUAGUCGCCGUGAAGAAGCUGUGGAGCGCGGCGGCGGUAAAGAAUGGCGGUGGCGAGGGCUCAGCUGCGGACGACAGCUUUGAAGCCGAGGUGAGGACGCUGGGCAAGAUUCGGCACAAGAACAUCGUGAAGCUCUGGUGCUGCUGCGCCCACAAGGAGUGCAAGCUGCUGGUGUACGAGUACAUGCCCAACGGAAGCCUCGGGGACGUGCUGCACAGCAGCAAGGCGGGGCUGCUGGACUGGGGAACGCGGUACAAGAUCGCGCUGGAUGCAGCCGAGGGGCUGUCCUACCUUCACCAUGACUGCGUCCCGGCCAUCGUCCACAGGGACGUCAAGUCCAACAACAUCCUCCUGGAUGCGGAGCUGAGCGCCCGUGUGGCCGAUUUCGGGGUGGCCAAGGUGGUGGAGGCCAAGUCCAUGUCGGUGAUCGCCGGCUCCUGCGGUUACAUUGCGCCUGAGUAUGCGUACACGCUGCGCGUGAACGAGAAGAGCGACACGUACAGCUUCGGCGUGGUCCUCCUAGAGCUUGUGACCGGGAAACCGCCGGUGGAUCCCGAGUUCGGGGAGAAGGACCUGGUGAAGUGGGUGUGCAGCACGCUGCAGCAGAAGGGGGUGGAGCACGUCGUGGACAGCCGGCUGGACAUGAGCUGCUUCAAGGAGGAGAUGGUGAGGGUGCUCAACAUCGGGCUGCAGUGCGCGAGCUCGCUGCCUAUCAACCGGCCGGCGAUGCGGAGUGUGGUGAAGAUGCUGCAGGAAGUGCGCGGGGAGGGUAGGCCGCGGGUGGACAAGGACGGGAAGCUGUCGCCGUACUACUACGAGGAUGCCUCGGACCAAGGGAGUAGCUAGCGUGUGCGCGCCUCCUCCAUGACUUGCUUAAGCUUCCCUACUGUACUAUGUACGUAGCAACAAGGUUCCCUCUCAUGGCAGCUGAAAUUUGAAAGAAGAGUUUUCUCCGGUUGCUGUGUCUGUGGGGUACGUUUGUCGUUGCAUUCAAAUGUUGGUGGAUGUUUGCAUCGCCAAGCAUGGAAUCAAAUGUAUGCAAUUGUAUUAUAUUAGUAGCUAGCUUGCUGUCUGUCUC